GGCUCAGAAAAGGAAAGCACCAGAAGCGAGGGCCGACGCGACGAGUGGUGUGUGGAUUAUGGAAUAAUGGGAGCUGCGGAGAUAAAAGCAGCAACUUUGGAAAAGGAUAAUUACUACACGUGGAAUUAUCCAAAUUGCAUGGAUCGAGAGCUGGAUCGGAUGAGAGGGAUGGUGGGGUUAACUUGACAUGUUUAUCAAUCGUUGCCCCGACCGGCGCUUCAAACCCACGCUUUCAUGAAGUGUGAAAUUGCAUGCCUGAGAAUCGGGCGACUUGGGGAUUAAAUACCUAAAACCCCAUCGAUUGAUUGACUCUUGAUUUGCAUUAAUUUGACCAAAGAAUCAGUGGCCUUCCUCUUUAGGUAAUCAUUGGCCUUCCUCUUUAAGUAAGUUUUGGGGGUGCGGUUUCGCGUAAGAUAGUCUAAGAGGUGGAUUGAGGAACCUCGUGGAAUCAGCCGAUCGAAUGAUGACUCCAGAUGAUGGCGACCAGGCAAAAAGAAGAUCAAAAUCGGGACAAGAAUCAGUGAAUCCAAAUUCUUGGUUGAUGAACUUUAACCGUGAUCUGAUGGCCGGAGCAGUCGUGGGUGGGGUGGUCCACACCGUCGUGGCUCCAAUUGAGAGGGCGAAGCUUUUGUUGCAGACCCAAGAAAGCAAUAUGGCCAUUGUUGCCAAUGGGCGUCGGAAAUUCAAGGGCUUGUUGGAUUGUAUAGUCCGUACCGUCAAAGAAGAAGGCUUUCUCUCUUUGUGGAGAGGCAAUGGCAGCAGUGUUCUUCGCUAUUAUCCUUCUGUCGCACUCAAUUUCUCGCUCAAGGAUCUAUACAAAAACAUAUUGAGGAGUGGAAACUCGCGUGAGAGUAAUUUUCUGUCAGGAGCAUCCGCUAAUUUUGUUGCUGGUGCUGGAGCCGGCUGUACAGCACUGAUCGUAGUAUAUCCACUUGAUAUUGCACACACCCGCCUUGCUGCGGACAUAGGACGAACAGAGAAACGUCAAUUUCAAGGCAUACACCAUUUCUUGGCCACAAUAUUGAGAAAGGAUGGGAUCAGAGGGAUUUACAAGGGCCUCCCUGCCUCUUUGCAAGGAAUGGUGGUGCAUCGAGGAAUUUACUUUGGAGGCUUCGAUACCAUAAAAGAAAAAUUAUCUGAAGAAUCAGAAGGCAAGUUAGCUCUGUGGAAACGUUGGGUGGUGGCUCAGGCAGUGACAUCAUCAGCUGGGUUGAUAUCAUAUCCAUUAGACACAGUUCGGAGGAGGAUGAUGAUGCAGUCCGGCAUGGAACACCCCGUGUACAGUAACACCCUCGACUGUUGGAAGAAAAUAUAUAGGACGGAAGGUCUUGUUUCAUUUUAUCGGGGGGCUGUCUCCAACAUGUUCAGGAGCAUCGGAGCUGCCGCCGUGUUAGUCUUGUACGAUGAGGUCAAGAAGUUCAUGGAUUUGGGUCCAUUGUAAUACCAGCCAUUCAUAUGUUCAUUCGUUCCAUUUUAACACACAAAUACCAACCACAUUCUCAGAAUUAGGAUGACUUCGGGCUUUCUACUGUACAAAUGAGCAUCAUUAACUAGCAUCUGCUGUACUCGGAUGGUCCGAAUUUUCAUUGUAACGACGAAUAGGGCAUUUGUGUUUGUUUACUUUACUGUUAGUAAAAAGUUCACAUAACUUUGUGUAUUUUAAAUUUUUAAUGUGAAUAGGUCUUGUCCA